AGUCAACUGUAAGCUGUCACGGUUCAGUUUUUUCAUUAAGGAAAUGAGUUCGCUUAUUGAUGAUUUCAGGUAGAUCAAGUUUGCAUCACGACUACAUGAAAAUGACUCCCAAAACGCUAUUCAUCAGAAAAAUAGGAAUUCUUCUAGCUUUUUCAGGUGUCAUUGGUCAAGAAGCGGUUUCAUAUUUUGGAAAGAAGAUUGGAGACUUCGGACAGCAAUCAACCCCAUCGUAUUCCAUACAAGGAAGUGUGUAUGUUGUAGACCAUAAUACACUAUGGUUUAGAGGCUUUAGUUACAACGGCAAUGCUACAGAUGCGUUUUUCUGGAUUGGAUCAUCGAAUUCUCCCGAUGAUUCGGGCUCUUUAAUGACUGACGAAACUGGAAGCGUUGAUCCGCUGCAAGAAUACACCAAUCAAAACUUUAUUAUAUAUUUACCACUUGGCGGUAAUAUUGCAGACUACAGUUGGAUAUCUGUGUGGAGUAAAAAUCUUUCGAGGAGCUUGGCCCAUCUCUCUAUUCCCACAUCUUUUAACCCGCCGACAACACGCGACCUGGGACCACUUGGCCUGAGCCCACUAGUUCAUAGAACAGAAGCGGAUCGCGUUGAGAUUCUUGACACACAGACUGUUAAAUUUUACAAUCUCAAAUAUGAUGGAAGAGGCCCAGCUGCAUAUUUCUGGGUCGGUUCUGGAAGUCCAUCUCGUUCAGGUGAACGCCUACCCGAUGAAACUGGAAGGAUAAAGGUGCUGAGCUCUUACAGUGGCGAGGACGUCACUGUGAGAUUUGACGGCGUUCGGACUGUGUUCGAUUACGAUUACAUCGGCCUUUGGUGUGAAAUUGCUCGUCAAAAUUUCGGACACGUUAGCAUUCCCAACCGUGGAGCCUUAAACAUUCCACCUUCUCUUGACACAUACGAGAUUCCUGAUAAUUACGACAACUGCGAGGAGCUACACGACCGGCUUCAAGUAAGCUGGAGUCUUACAGAGGACACCAUCAAUAUACAGCUCCGUGGCGUAGUGAACAUCAAUGAUUAUAUGGCAUUUGGGAUUAGCGGCUCGGAGAGUAGAGCUCAGAUGGUUAAUUCUGACGUAAUAGUGGCGUGGUUUGAUGGGAAUGUCGGUCGAGCUCAGGACUACUUUUUGAUCUCCCAAGCCCAAUGUUCAGGUGGCAGUGGAGCUUGUCCUGAUGUCAAAGUCAAUGGGGUUAACAAUGUUGAAGGCAUAAGUGCCUCUGUGUUGAAUGGAGUAACGGCAAUCGAAUAUACCAGAAUGCUGGACACGGGUGACGAUAUGGACACAGUAAUUUCAGCAAGUGGUGUGACGCAAAUAGUCUGGGCGAUUGGCCAGAUAAACGGAGAUGGACUAGCCGUUAGACACAUUGAACGAGGUGGUGGAACGGUAAUGUUCGGUCGUAACGCAUUGAGGAACUGUGAAUCGCUUGCCGAUGGAAUUGAAGAGGUAAACGGAUGGAAAGAAUUACAACUAAUUGGUAACAGCGAUACCACCGAAUUCACGGCCGUCAUUGGUCAGUCCGGAGGAGAGAGAGGAUAUACCAGUAUCACCGAUAAUGUCGGUUGGGGAAUAUCUUGGUACAUAAACGACAUGCUAAUCCCAAGACUCAUAUUAAAGCGGGGAACCAAUUACACGUUUAAGGUUUUUGGCGGCAAUGAUGCGACUCAGUCUGCCUCCUAUCAUCCCUUCUAUAUUACAAACGACAAAGGUGGAGGAUACGCAACAUUGACAGAAAUGGAGAAAUUGAAACAAGUUAUAUACGCCGGACCUGUAAACGGAUCUCUCUGUGAAUUGAACGACAAGAAUGGAGACCAAAGCAUGACUUCAACAUCGGCCGAAGGAUAUAGAAAGACGCUGGCAGAGCAAUGUCUUUCACCAAAGGAACCGGCAACACUCACCUGGACACCUGACGACAACACACCGGACACUGUAUACUAUCAGUGUUACACACACCGUUUUCUCGGUUGGAAGAUUGAUGUUGUUGACGUACUUCCGUCAUCUGCUGUUACAUUUAUGUCGUCGAACGGUCUCUCUAACGCGUUUUUGCUAAGCUCUUGCAUAAUAAUCAGCCAACUUUUAAACAUAUAAUUAAUUUUAAGAUGUAUAUUUAUUCAGAUUAUUUUUUUUAUAUCACAAAAGAAAAUGUUGAUGUUAACAAAUAACAAAAAAAAAAAAAAAACAAACAUUCCACAAGACUACAAUAAUAACAAUUUAUAUGUGCUCUAGAAAUGAAAGCGUUUUAAUCCGCUCAAAUAUGAACUUUUGUAUGUGUAUAGUUUAAGUGCACUUUUUGUAAAUAAAAGUUUGAGGAAAUCUGUUUAAUUUUUUCUCAAAAUGUUUUUGUGAUAAA